AUGGAGCCGCGGGCGCUCGUCACGGCGCUCAGCCUCGGCCUCAGCCUCUGCUCCCUGGGGCUGCUCGUCACGGCCAUCUUCACCGACCACUGGUACGAGACGGACCCCCGGCGCCACAAGGAGAGCUGCGAGCGCGGCCGCGCGGGCGCCGACCCCCCGGACCAGAGGAGCCGCCUGAUGCCGCUGUCGCACCUGCCGCUCCGGGACGCGCCCCCGCCGGGCCGCCGGCCGCCCCGCCGCCCGGGCCGCGCGGACCCCGAGCCCUGGCGCGCGCUGCUGGGGCUGGGCGGGCUGGACGCCGCGUGCGGCCGGCCGCUCUUCGCCACCUACGCCGGCCUCUGGAGGAAGUGCUACUUCCUGGGCAUCGACCGGGACCUGGACAGCCUGGUCCUCAAAGGUAUUGCGCAGCGGUGCACGGCGAUCAAGUACCACUUUUCCCAGCCAAUCCGCUUACGAAACAUCCCUUUCAACUUAACGAAGAUCAUCCAGCAGGAUGAAUGGCAUCUGCUUCAUCUGAGAAGAAUCACUGCCGGCUUCCUGGGCAUGGCUGUGGCCGUCCUGCUCUGUGGCUGCAUCGUGGCCACGGUCAGCUUCUUCUGGGAGGAGAGCCUGACCCAGCACGUGGCCGGCCUCCUGUUCCUCAUGACAGGGAUCUUUUGCACCAUUUCCCUCUGCACGUACGCCGCCAGCAUCUCCUAUGACUUGCACCGCCUCCCGAAGCUGAUCUACAGCCUGCCCGACGACGUGGAACACGGCUACGGCUGGUCCAUCUUCUGCGCCUGGUGCAGCUUGGGCUUCAUCGUGGCAGCCGGAGGGCUCUGCAUCGCUUACCCUUUCAUUAGCCGGACCAAGAUGGCACAGCUCAAGUCUGGCAGGGACUCCACGGUAUGA